AUGAGUUAUCCUGGACCGUACCGACCUCCUCUAUCAGGCUGGGGACCACCACCACCACCGACAGACCAGCAUCAUCCGCCUUAUUACUUUCCACAACACCAGGGACAGUAUCCACCACACCAGGGACAGUAUCCACCACCUCCACCAGAUGGUGGAGCAGUCACAGCUCAUCCUCCAUACCAGUACUACUUCCCUGGUACUAUGAUGAUACCAGUUCCUGUUGCACCAAUGCCCGCGCCUCCUACAGAUCAAUUUGGACAAACAAAUACCUACAUCACGAAUCACAUCUACCAAGGACAGCCAGAUUCCGUUCUGGUGGCAGAAUCUUCAGGAGAAUUAGACUGGGUCCCGACGACCUCAACACUUGCAAACUCACUAACCGGAAGAGCUGUUGCUGGAGGACAUGAGGGCUGGGAUGGAAGUCCCCUGUGGAUAAUUAGGGGUUGGCAUAAUGGCGAUUUAAUUCCUGGGAAGUUGUCUGUAAGGCAUAACGCAGCUUCUAUAGCGUAUAAUGGUAAAGAAGUGCCAGUUCAAAAUAUCGAAGUUCUUUGCGCUAAGCCGGAGACUUUGCGAUGGGUUCCAGCUUCGAACGGCAACGUACCUCCGAGCGCUAUUGCGGGUGGAAGAACAGCAUCAGGGGAGACUCUCUAUAUCGGUAGAGCACGAUACCAGUUGUCUGUGACUCCAGGAAAAGUGCAUCCAAGUCAAAAUUCGUGCUACAUCGCGUUUGCUGGAACUGAAGUGGCCCAUAAGAUGUAUGAUGUGUUGUGCACGAAUAUUAAACCUAAUUCGUUCGUGAAUGCUGUUUUAAAUGCGAAUUUUGUAAUGGAGAAACAAGAGAAGAAGUAUAAAAGAAUAGAGGAACUGGACGAAGAUGGCGUCGCAACGCUACUGCAGCGGUGGGAGUUGGACGAGUUUGUGGAAUUCACGAGAGAGAGAAAGAUCGACGGAAGAAGAUUACUUGAAGUUACCGAAGGUAUAGUUAAACUCUGGAAACCGAAAAUCAACGCCAAAAAGUUCAUUAAAUUCAUUGAGGAAAUAAGACUUAAACCUUAUGAAUAUUUGGACAGCCAAGAUAAAAAUGCUGCUAAAGAAGAAUUCAAUAAAGAUAAUGAAAUAAAUAAGGAACAAAUUGAAACAGAAAUAAGAAAAGAACAAGAUAAUUUUGACAUAGACAGCCAAUAUCAAACAAUACCUAUCAGAAAGAAAGAAGAACGUUCCCACACUUCGGCAAUGAGUACAGUAGAAGAACUGAUAAGAAGAAUCGUACCUGCUAAGAGUUUUCUCUAUAGACACCAACAGAGAACUGACAAAUUUCCAUCCUAUUUACCUAUGGAUGCUGGAGCGCCAAAGAAAAAGAAAUUCUUCAGAUUAAGUUCAUAUGAAUAUCCAUUCCUAGAUAUCAAAUCCAGAUUUUCCAAACAAGAAACCUCAAAUGAUAGAGGAUAUUACUCUAUGAAAACAAAUAGCAGGCACUACAUAGCUAGACCUUAUAAAAAUUCAGAAUCUAAAACCAAAUACAAGUCUCUAUCGACUCCUGAAGAACUCACUGAAAAAUACCCAGACGAUCACUUUUACGAAGAUUUAUGUUACAAUGAAGUCGAUAAUGUGGCGGAAAAACCUGUCGAAACAAGAGUAGUUAGUGUUAAGCCCUGUAUUGUAAAGAUUCAGGAACUUUUCCAAUCUUUUAAAGUCCCAUUCUUUAAAAGGCCAGAUAUGAUAGAAGAGAGGAAAGUAGAAGAGAUUGCGAAGGAUACUAAUUUAUAUGAGAAUACUGAUGGUACUGCUAAUAUGUAUGAUUCUGUACAUGUUAAUAGGCAGGCUGAUGUAGAAUGUCAAACGAUACAGACUAAGUUGCCCGUGGAGGACUAUCUCGAACCAGUUCAGUUAAGCAAGGAUUACUGCGAUGUCAACUACAAGCAAAAGGAAGAGUCGCUUAUGGGAUACAUACUCAGCAUUUUUGAGAACCGAUUCGGGAUAAGGCGUGAAACACACGACGACAGUCCAUCAUCAGAUUCAGAAUGUGAAAAUAAAGUGGAGAACUCGCCCAGUGAGGAAGGUUGCAAAUGGCCAGAAGACUGCAAACAGGGCCGCACAAAUAUGGCAGAUAGACCCCUGCCCGUGCCAGUCGAAAAUGAGCCUUAUUACAUGAAUAUAGAUAGAGGGGAGGCGCAAAAUCUCUUGAAAGGACAACCCGAUGGCACGUUUGUGUUAAGGCCAAGUAGUCAGUCUGACCACGCCUACACUCUUAGCGUGUCCUGCGCAAACGCAGUCCACAACGUUGGCGUCCGACGGCGGCCAGACGGUCGGCUGGCGCUCGGCUUCCCUCGUCGUGGUGAACACAGCUUCGCAACCGUGACGUCAUUACUACGUCACCAUAGAAAGCGACGGCUGCUCCUCGUCGCUGGUGGUGACGUUAUCGGUGCCACAACCUUGAACGAAUCCCCACAUUACUACCAGAGUCCGAGUAGUAUUCCUGUGCCAGUCGCAAAAGAGUAA